AUGCCUCAGACGGCCUCGGCAAUUAUUCUCUCCCCUACCCCCGCUCCGAUUCCUCCCGUUUUCUCCGCGGCCGCUGCCCGGUCCACCACGUCGUCGUCGCCUCGCGCCUCGGUGCCGGUCGCGCCGGCGGCACGCGUGCUGCUGCUUCCACGCGUCGCCGCCUCGCAGCGUGGGCGCCAAGGCGAGGCGGGGGGCGGAGGCCGGGCUUGGAGGAAGGAUAGGGGGCACGGCACGGCUGGGAGGAGUAGUACACGCCACGGCGGGCCGGCGUUGUAUAAUUCGUGCGGUGGUGGCGCGCUGAGCUGGGGCGUCGGCUGCGCUGGUGCGGGUCAGCAGAGCAGGAGGAUGGGGCAGGCUCCGGAGAUGGCGGCGCCGCUGCUCCUGCAGGUGGAGGACGCGGACGCCGGAUGGAGCUCCAGGCCGCAUCGCAUUGCUCUCUUCGUCGAGCCUUCGCCCUUCGCCUAUAUCUCCGGCUACAAGAACCGGUUCCAGAACUUCAUCAAGCAUCUGCGAGAGAUGGGCGAUGAGGUCUUGGUCGUGACCACGCACAAAGGAGCUCCCGAGGAGUUCCAUGGAGCAAAGGUCAUUGGCUCGUGGAGCUUUCCAUGUCCAUUGUACCAAAAUGUUCCACUCUCGUUGGCAUUGAGCCCCAGAAUAUUUUCUGCCGUGUCAAAGUUCAAGCCAGACAUAAUCCAUGCUACUUCACCUGGAGUUAUGGUUUUUGGCGCCCUUGCUAUCGCAAAGAUGAUUUCAGUUCCAAUGGUGAUGUCUUAUCACACACAUCUUCCAGCGUACUUACCAGGGUACAAUUUAAAUUGGUUACUUGGACCCACAUGGGGCCUUAUAAGAUGUCUCCACAGGUCUGCAGAUCUUACUCUCGUUCCUUCAGUAGCUAUUGCCGAGGACUUUGAAACUGCUAAAGUAGUACCAGCAAACAGAGUACGGCUUUGGAACAAGGGUGUUGAUUCUGAAAGCUUCCAUCCUAAAUUUCGGAGGCAUGAAAUGCGGAUCAAGUUGAGCGGUGGUGAACCAGAAAAACCAUUGAUAAUUCACGUGGGCCGUUUUGGGCGUGAAAAGAAUUUGGAUUUUCUAAAGAGAGUUAUGGAAAAGCUCCCCGGAGUAAGAAUUGCUUUUGUUGGAGAUGGACCAUACAGGGCUGAGCUGGAAAAAAUGUUCACAGGUAUGCCUGUAGUUUUCACCGGAAUGCUCCAAGGCGAGGAGCUCUCGCAGGCGUAUGCCAGUGGGGACGUAUUUGCAAUGCCUUCAGAGUCUGAGACGCUCGGACAAGUAGUGCUGGAGUCCAUGGCUUCUGGAGUCCCGGUUGUCGCUGCUCGCGCCGGAGGCAUACCUGAUAUAAUACCCAAGGACAAGGAGGGCAAGACCAGCUUCCUCUUCACACCCGGGGAUCUCGACGAGUGCAUGAGGAAGAUCGAACAGCUCCUGUUGUCGAAAGACCUCAGGGAGUCGGUCGGAAGGGCUGCCAGAGAGGAGAUGGAGAACUGCGACUGGAGAACGGCCUCGAAGACGAUACGCAACGAGCACUACAGCACCGCGACGUUGUACUGGCAGAAGAAGACGGGCAGAACGGGGUAG